AUAAGGAAGGACUGAUUCAGUGAAAACAGGAAGAAUAAUUGUCAGUGAAUUUGAGAAAGUCAGCAACACUUUAACCACAUACAGUUUAUCAGUUUAAACUGUGAAAGCUCCUCCUUUUCUCUGCAUUCGUUCUUCCAGUUCAGGAGAUGACCGUCGCUUAAUGAAGGCUGAACUGCUGAUCUCACUCAGAAUGUCUCUGACUUUCUCUGCCGUUUUUGUAUUUUGUGUUACAGGAGUUGUUGCUCAGGAUGGGUGGGCUGUGAAUUACAAUGAGAAAUCUUUCUGUGCUCUAAAGGGGUCUGCAGUGACCAUGGAGUGCACUUACAGAUAUCCAAGAGAUCAUCCAGUCCAAAAGGCUUUUUGGACUAAAGAGCUGGUUACAUCUGGUUCAGAGCCUCCUGAUCUGUCAGAUGAUCCAGAGUACAGAGGCAGAGUUCAGUACCUCGGAGAUGAACACAGCGACUGCACUCUCAGAUUUAAGACUGUGACAGAAAAGGAUCAAAGUAAAUACUACUUCAGAUUUAUAACAGACCAACCUGGAGGAAAGUAUCAAGGUGCAGGUGGAGUUGAUCUUUCAGUCACAGAUCUUCAGGUGGAGGUUCCUGAGAGAGUGACAGAGGGAGAUUACCUCACUCUCAUAUGUAAAACCACCUGCAGUCUGACAGUCAGACCAAGAUUCAGCUGGUACAGAAAUGGACAUCGUUUAUUCUCCAGUACUGACCGACUCCACCUGCAGCCGGUUAGCAGGGAGGAUGCAGGCAGGUAUCACUGUGCUGUACUGGGUCUGACCUCUCUUGAGGUCACUCUUAAUUUCAAAUAUCUCCAGGUGGAGGUUCCUGAGAGAGUGAUAGAGGGAGAUAAAGUCACUCUCACAUGUAUAACCAGCUUCAGUCUGUCUGAUGGUCCAACAUUUACCUGGUACAAAAAUGGACAUCCUUUAUCCUCCAGUGCUGACCGACUCCACCUGCAGCCGGUCAGCAGAGAGGAUGCAGGCAGGUAUCACUGUGCUGUACUGGGUCAGAACCUUCACUCUCCUGAGGUCACUCUUAAUGUCAUAUAUGGCCCAAAGAGGAUCUCAGUGUCUAUCAAUCCCUCUGGUGAAAUAGUGGAGGGCAGUUCAGUGACUCUGACCUGCAGCAGUGAUGCAAACCCACCUGUGGAAUAUAACUGGUUUAAAGGAACAUCAUUAGUAGCAAGAGGAGAGACUUACACAAUGAACAAGAUCAGCUCUGUGGACAGUGGAGAAUACAAGUGCAGAUCCAGUAAUGAACAUGGAGAGAAACUCUCUGAAGCUCUAACUCUGAAUGUUUUGUAUCCUCCAAAGAGCAUCUCCAUCUCCAUCACUUUCUCUGGUAAAACACUGGAGGGCAGUUCAGUGACUCUGACCUGCAGUAGUGAUGUACCUGUGCAGAACUACACCUGGUUUAAAGAAGGUGGAAUCUCACCUGUAGGAUCUGGAAACAGUUACAGCUUCAUCUUUGACUCCAAAAGCAGUGGAUGGAACAAGAAGAAGAAGAGAACGAUGGAGGAAGAUGACCACUGGAACACUGACCACAAUGCUAAGGAUGACACGUACACAGCUCUUGACCCCAUGUCCAGGUCCUCUGAUGAUGUGUACAACACACUUGCAUACAUUGACCCUAAUGCUAAGGACAACACGUACACAGCUCUUGACCCCGUGUCCAGGUCCUCUGAUGAUGUGUACAACACACUUGCAACUGUGAACAACAAACGCUGA